UUAAAAAUAAUGACUGAUUUUUGAGUUAAAAUCAAAGAUAGUGGUGAUGCCAGAGGAAGAUGAGUUUUAUCUUGCUUUGGCUGCGAGGUUGCCGUGGAGGCCGUAGAGCUUGUUGUGUGGCUGACUGCAGCUGUCUCCUCCUGCAGAGAGGUCGUUCCCUUCCCAUCUCUCAGAGUCAAGCUGAGCACGACCGAACCAUGGGGGAGCACAGCCCCGACACCAACAUUGUCUUCUUCGAGGCUGAGGACGAUGAGCUGAGCCCCGAAGACAAGAUGCUCAGGUUCGUGGACAAAAACGGACUGGUGCCUUCUUCCUCGGGAACCGUGUACGAUAGGACCACUGUUCUCAUUGAGCAGGACCCUGGCGCUUUGGAGGAGGACGACGAUGAUGGCCAGUGUGGGGAGCACUUGCCUUUUCUGGUGGGGGGUGAAGAGGGCUUCCACCUCAUCGAUCAGGAGGCGAUGGCGCAGGGCUACGUACAACACAUCAUCUCACCGGACCAGAUCCACCUGACCAUCAACCCCGGGUCCACGCCCAUGCCCAGAAACAUCGAGGGUGCCACUCUCACGCUCCAGUCGGAAUGUCCAGAAACAAAACGGAAGGAAGUGAAGCGGUACCAGUGCACCUUUGAGGGCUGUCCCCGCACCUACAGCACAGCAGGCAACCUGCGCACCCACCAGAAGACUCACCGAGGAGAGUACACGUUUGUCUGCAAUCAGGAGGGCUGUGGCAAGGCCUUCCUCACCUCUUACAGCCUCAGGAUCCACGUGCGAGUGCACACGAAGGAGAAGCCAUUUGAGUGCGACGUGCAGGGCUGCGAGAAGGCGUUCAACACACUGUACAGGCUGAAAGCACAUCAGAGGCUUCACACAGGGAAAACGUUUAACUGUGAAUCUGAAGGCUGCAGCAAGUACUUCACCACACUCAGUGAUCUGAGGAAGCACAUCCGAACGCAUACAGGAGAAAAGCCAUUUCGGUGCGAUCAUGAUGGCUGUGGAAAAGCAUUUGCAGCAAGCCACCACCUUAAAACUCAUGUGCGCACACAUACCGGUGAAAGACCCUUCUUCUGCCCCAGUAAUGGCUGUGAGAAAACCUUCAGCACCCAGUACAGUCUCAAAAGUCACAUGAAAGGUCACGACAGCAAAGGACACUCAUGCAGCACCCUUCCGCAGCACAACGGAUCGGAGGAUACAAAUCACUCCCUCCAUCUGAAUGCCUUGAGCCUUCUGUCCACAGAAGAUAAAGUUUUGGGAGAAAAUUGCAAUAGAGUAAGUGACCAGGACCUCAGCACAGUGUCACCAGCAAUCAUCUUUAAAUCAAUGUUCCAUAGCGCCGACGAUGCAGCAGUUCAAGAGGAUGCUCAGCAGACAGCUGCCUUGAUUGAAAGUUUUAAUGGUGAUGCAGAGUCAGUCAGUGAUGUUCCGCCACCCACAGGAAAUUCAGCAUCUUUAUCUCUUCCACUUCUACUGCAGCCUGUCAUCUCCGAGCCACCCCAGCCUCUGCUACCAGCCUCAGCUCCGUCUGCUCCUCCGCCUGCUCCCUCCCUGGGAACUGGUUCCCAGCCAGCUGCAUUUGGCAACCCCCCUGCUCUCUUACAACCUCCAGAAGUGCCUGUUCCCCACAGCACGCAGUUUGCUGCUAAUCAUCAAGAGUUUCUUCCGCACCCCCAGGCAGCACAGCCCAUCAUCCCGGGACUCUCUGUUGUAGCUGGGGCUUCUGCGUCCACUGUGGCAGCACCAGCCCCAUCACAAAGUACUACUGAGCCCCUGCCGGCCAUGGUCCAGACUCUGCCCCUGGGUGCCAGCUCUGUCCUAACUAGCAGUCCCACCAUAACCAUCACCCCGACUCCCAGCGCGACUCUCCUGCAGCCCAACCUGGUCGUGGGAGAACAGAACCUACAGUGGAUAUUAAACGGUGCGACCAAUUCUCCACAAAACCAAGAGCAAAUUCAGCAAGCACCUAAGGUUGAGAAGGUGUUCUUCACUACUGCAGUGCCCGUAGCCAGUAGCGCAGGGAGCUCUGUCCAGCAGAUCGGCCUCAGUCUCCCCGUCAUCAUCAUUAAACAAGAGGAGGCCUGUCAGUGUCAGUGCGCAUGCCGGGACUCUGCCAAGGAGCGGGCGGCUGGCCGCAGGAAGGGCUGCUCCUCCCCGCCCCCUGCAGAGGCCAACCCGCUGCCUCCCGAGGGGCCCAGCCUGUCAUUGCCGCAGACUUUUUCAUUACCGCUUGUCCCCCUGUUGUCCUCAUCCACCGCACCCUCUUCUUGUGAGCAGAGCAGACAGACAGAGACUCCUUCGCACUCUCAGACAGAAAUGGGGGCCAUGGAUGUGUCAGAGCUCCUGGCCGUCCAGGGCGUCAGCACCCCGUCCACUGGCAUUCCCAUCGAAGCACUACUGCAGAGGGAGGAGGAGAUGGGCCUGGCCAGCAGCUUCUCCAAGUGAACGGCCCAGGACAGGCAGCUGGCAGGAGGCGUGAGGUGCCAAGCCGACCGUCAUGGGGUCAGAAUUUGAAGGAUGAAGAAACCUACUGUUUGAAAUGCUUGCCUUUCAGACAUCUUUUUCUUUAUUCACAUACCAGGAGCAUCCAUUUUAAGGAACUGAUCUUUGGAAAAAAACAAACAAACAAAAAACCAACAAAAAAAAAAAGCUAAGUUAUAAAUGAACUGUUUGGCUGCACUGUUUGUCACUUUUGCUUAUUGUCAUGUGAACUUGGAAAUUAAGGUUACUCGUGCGCAUAAAAAUUCUAAAUGAAAGGGUGUGGUUUCCAUCUAUCUGACACUGCCCAUCACUCGCACUGGGGAUCUUUGUGGACUGGGCAGAAAGUUGGACGUGUUGGGUGUGGCUCCUCCCUGUGUGUGUCUUUUGAAUCUGAGGCUGAAGACUGCUGCAGAGGCCAGAGCCUCGCCCUCUCCGCGAGGGCGGUGGCAAGCGGGGACAGCUGUGGAGCAGGCCGACUGCAGGUGAGCUGGCUUUGUUGGUGGCGCUCGCGACACUAGCGCAGGGCUCCUGGGCCUGAGCCCAGGCUGCAGGAUGAGCUGGCCCUGCAGGACCCUGGGCAGGUAGUUAAGUGCGGUCUGUCACAGUUGUGUGUGCAGAGCAGGCUCUGGCAACACGACCACAGUCUCCCCCCAUGCCAGACACCUCUCAGUUGGCAGGGCUUGCAGGUCGCAGUGAAUUUGCCAUGGGGAAUGUGCCUGUUGGGUCCUAGGGUGAACAUGUGGCUGUAGUUCGGUGGUGGUUGGUGAUCUGCCUUCUCUUAAUGACAUUUUCUUCCUCAGAGCACAAAGGCUGCAUUUUGCUUCUCAAAAGGUGCAGAUUGAAGCGAGUUUGUGUGUGGUGGCAUGGAAUCGGCAGGCUGUGUGUCCUGGUGCCAGGGUCUAGCCAGGCUUUCAGCCUUCCUUCCUCUGACCUCUGCCUCUCACCCUGCUGGAUUCUGCCUGGUACAGUGCAUACCAGGCGAUGACUUGCUUGGCAUAAUCGUGAUUUCUGAAA